AUGUUGAUGUUUUCUACAAUCACUGUACCUGUUUCUGCCGCUCGCAGGCAGCAGCUCUCGUCUUCGAUCCCUUUGGGUUCUUCACCCAGGCCCUUGCUCUGACAUUGUCGGUGUCCCUGACCCUGUGCUGCAGUUGACCUCUGUUUCCUUAACUUGGUUGUUUCAAAAAGGUGGUUGGUACAGCGAUGGCGAUGCGAUUGGAGCUUUUGCAGCAUCACACAUCAUAUGAUGCUAGUCCCUCUGCAGCUCGCCCCCGCUCCGCAACUUUUCAUAGAGGGAACCCAGCGUCAUUUUGCUGGCGACCACUUCGGAACUUAAUUCAGCAUAACAUUAAAGCCUCGAACACCCUGCUGCUCAAUUCCCAGAUCUGUCAUUUCCUGGAUGCAAAUCCGCUAUUCAUGCUUCGCCCUCUCGAUAGACCUAGUUGUGUCAACAUAAAGCCUUCAGGUGUUGCUCAUGCUUCUGCACGCAAAGGAGGCAAUGGCGGGGACUACGACGAUCGGAGCGACUACAAGCAGCCAUCUCCCAAGGAGGAAUCCGGCAAUUUAAUGUCAUUUACAGUUAUCCUCAUUAAAAAAGUUGUCAAGCUAGCAGGUGUUCUGCUUGUCCUCGCAACAAUAUUUGCUGCUGCCGCUCCUUCCAUGUUUUCAUCGCCUAGAGGUCUCAAGACAAUCAUGUCUAUGGCCAGUCACACUAUUCCAGGCACUGUAUCGGUUGCACGUGCAUCCCUAGGCUGGAGGAAACCACUUUAUCUGGAAGGGGUCACAUUGAAAGGCAUUGACGGUGAAACGGUGCUAUAUAUCCCGAAAAUCGAAACUCGAGCGUCGCUCUGGUCGAUUGUCAGUGGCAAAGCUGGCUUUGGCGAUUCCACUGUAACGGCACCCGUGGUGGAUCUUCAACAAGACCCAGCAAGUGGACAACCUUACCUGGCCCUCGCACUUACCCCACUAGCGAAACUUCAAGAAAACAAACCAAAUCUGAACAAUAGCAAAAAGCGAUCAGUGGCCAUUGAGCCCCCAAGGGACGUCGCUCUGGCAGCUAGUGUUAAAGCUCCAAAUGGAGGUAUGGAGAUUGUUAAAGGAAAGGUCAUUCUCCCUCAAGAUGCUGCGACUGCCAUUGGUCCAAGUAUUUUUCUUGACGUAGCUGCUGGUCGGUUCGCAACUGAGGCCGAUGAUGCUUUGGAAUCGGCGGCUCACGAAUAUCGGGGCAAAUUACCAAUUCGUGGGAAUAUUUACUCAGAUCGAGCGCAAGCCGAAGGAUUGGGUUUUUUAAGCUUGCCUCAAGGCCAGAUUCACCUUCUAAGACCACUUAAAGCUGAGUUGGAUUUGACACCUGAAUUCGGAAAACUCUAUUUGGUGCGCGUGAAUCCUCUACUAGGGGAAAUUAUCGGACCGGCAAUUAGUGAGGACGACUUGCCAGACAUUACCAUUUACGCAGCUCCGAAAGACUUUCUUUUGCCCUCGGACGAGUAUUCUGUUCGCAUUGAACCCAUGAGGACGACGCUUGCAAAGGGGCAGUUAGUGGAUGGAGUCCUGACUCUUCUUAGGCGCCAAGAUCUUCUUAAGGGUCGCUCGCAAAUUACGGCUCUGACAUCACCUAUAGAGGCCUCCAUCAACCUCAAAACGGGUGUCAUAGCAUGUGAUCGUAUAGACCUUCUUCUUGCAGACCGCGUGCAUGUUGCAACUUGGGGCAUCAUGGACAUUCACCAUGAGACAGUUCAAAUGACACUUGCCAUUCCUGGGAGUACUUUACGGGAAACUCUAGGGUUAUCUCGCCUUGCCCACGAUUACUAUCUCAAGAUUCCAAUACGAGGUUCAAUGGAGCGACCACAAGUAGAUUUUAUGGCGGCAGGAAAGGGCAUUGCACAAUUGACGCUGCAGCAACAGUCAGGUUCGGCUGGUCAGCUUUUCUCCUCGUUUUUUCAGCAGUCAGACAAGGAGGCCAGCGCAAGCGAGGUUCCCAAACCCAUUGAUGUCCUUCCAUGGGACACUCGCAGCUAAGGACACUCGCUUCUACUUUUGUUUGCUUCCAACUGUACAUUAUUAAUCUGAGUGAGAGAGGAAGAGGGAGAGAGAGAGAGAGACGCUCACACGUCUGUUUUAAUCUUACGUGAAACCUGGAAUUGAAUUAUGCUGGAAGUGACGGUUGUAGAUUGCCCUCUCGAGGGCACGCGUGUUGACACAUCAGCCGGGUGGUUGUAAAUCUCUUCAGAAUUUGAGAGAGGUGAUGCUUCUGUCAAAUAUGUUGUCCUGAUUGAAGUGCAUGUGAGAACUGGUUUGGAGAUCA